GGCGAGCAACCUGCACCAGAAACAGCCUGACGCACCCACCCACACACGCACACAAACACAUGCAAACACCCUCCAGCAUCACCGGUGGACUGCUGCAAUCUUGUUCAAGUGUUUUCCUCUGUUGCUCUAUCCAGCUGGUUGUUGCAAGGCUCACUGGCGCGCGAAGAGGACCGUGUGAGUGUGUGUGUCAUUUUUCUGCUGUUUACCGAGGAGUGUGAAGCUGAGCUGCAGCAGGAGCAUGCGGUCACUGACCUUUCCCCUCCACCCAUGCUGACCAUCUAGGAGGAAGGCAAAGCACAAGGUGUUGUGUCACAGAUGAGUGAAAAGAUGACGGACUGCCUAUGACUGGGAAGAAGUCAAUUUGGCACAAUUCACAAAGACACCAUCACUCCUCUGAUAAUGUAAAAAAUACAUGUGUGGGAAGAAGGCUGGCAUCAUCUCUCUCGUUUCUUUUGUCUUUGACCACAAGAAAGGGUCUCUGCAUGCUGUGUUUUGUUGAAUUAUGUCAUCAGGGUUUGUGUGAGAGAGUGAAUGACAAUGAAUAAGUCUGGCUCGUCGGGGGGGACUCUGGGUAACUCCUCCUCGCCGUGUGGCCACAAUAUGACCAGCUGGGAGGAACGUAUGGAUCAGCUGUACACCUAUUUCUACAUUCUCAUCUUUGUGCCUGGACUCCUGCUCAAUACUAUCGCACUCUGGGUUCUCUGCAGACAUAUAAGCAAGAAGACCAAGGCUGUCAUCUUCAUGAUAAACCUGGCGUUAGCAGACCUGGCCCACGUCCUUUCUCUGCCUCUCAGGAUUUACUAUUACUUCACACACACGUGGCCCUUUGGAAACAUCGUCUGCUUGUUCUGCUUCUACCUAAAAUACCUCAACAUGUACGCCUCUAUCGUCUUUCUGGUGUGUAUUAGCCUACAGAGGUGUGUGUUCCUGCUCAAUCCAUUCUUUGCCCGCCGGUGGAGGCGACGCUAUGACCUGCUGAUCAGCGUCGUGGUGUGGUUGGUGGUCGGUCUGGGCUGCUCACCUUUCAUUCUGGUGAGGAGCAGCAGCAGUUUGAGUGUCCGUGCAGCUGCAAGUGCAGGCAACACCAUGUCCUAUUCCCUGGAUGUCACCUCUACUCAGGGUCCCAUAGCUUUCACCAAACUCUAUGCUUCCCCCUUGUAUACAAGCUCCAGUUUCACGUCAGUCCCCAGCACCACCCCCAGCCCGCCCAAAUCUGGCUGUUUUAAGGACUUGCCCACACGUCAGCUGCCCCUCUUUCUGGCAAUCACCAUCAUGACUCUCGGUGAGCUUUUUGGUUUUGUGCUUCCUUUAGUUGGAAUCAGUUACAGCUCCAUCCGCAUUGCCCGUUCCCUCAACCAGAGACAGAGCACGGAGCCACAGAGCCCCCCCCUGGUCAGCCCUUCAUCCCGCCGCCCCCUCCGCUCGCUCUCCUCCUCGGCCUGCCAGUCAGACAAGUCACUGGACACACAGGCAGACAAAGAGAAGCGGCGUGCCCUGCGAAUGGUGCUGAGCUGCUUUGCCCUCUUCCUGCUCUGCUUUGCCCCGUACCACCUCAACUUCCUGCUCUACCUCAUGGUGUCGCAGGACAUCGUGUCCCACUGUGCCACGAGGCUGGCCGUGCGUCAGUUCCACCCAGUGUCCCUGUGCCUGGCCAGCAUGAGCUGCUGCCUCAACCCACUGCUCUACUACUUUCUGACAGCCGAGUUCAGGUCGCACCUAACCCGACGCACCUCCUCCUUCACCUCCUCGCUCAUCUCCUCCCCGACCAUCUCCUCUUCCAGGCCCUCUACACAGCAAAGACUCAUGAGCAUGGAGAGCUUUUCCUCAUACAGGGAGUGAGUGAUGCUCAGAGACAUCUGCUUUCCCUCAGAGGGUGGCCUAGCUAAGACAUAUAACUCCUGUUCUCAUGUCAAACGGAUGCACCUCCAUGAUGUUUGGCAAGAGCAAAGUUGGACAACAGCAGGAUUUCCCAGAAGGAGAUGACCUCUCUCCAUGUGACAGCUGUCUUACAACAAACUGACCCAAGAACUGUCUGCCCUUAAAGUGAUGAUACUCCCUGCGGAUUCUGCUUUAGCACAAACAAAUCUUUGACACGCACCGGAAACGGUGUGUGGGCUCGUUUCAAUCAUUUUGUACAAAUACACAUAAUCUGUCUUGUCUGCUACGUAGUCUUAUCAAUGUUGCGGGUUGUGGAGAAGGUGGUUAUGCUUAUCUUUGACUGCGUCACAGUUUGUGUUGUCUUUGCAAAUGGCAAUGAUAGUGCAUGACGAUCAUAAACUGCAAACGUACAAAACUGUAAAUGAGCAUGAAUGCAAAUUAAAGCGAGCAUGUGCCAUCUUUGUUAUUUUCAGCGCUGGCUUUCGUGUCAGUUCUUUUUCCACAAAGCGUCUUUCACAACAGAGGUUUCCUUUUGUGUUGCAGCAAAAUAAAUGCAGACAGGUGCCAGCAUAGUUUUCACUGUACUUCCUUUCACAGUGCUGAGUGGCGAAGACAGUUGGCAGCAGUUGCAGCAGCUCUCAAAAAAAAAACAAAAAAAAAAACGGUAACUGCCAGGCUUUGAGGUUGGCAGUUGAACUGUUACUUCUGCAUGCACAUACACACACAGACGCACACACAUUUCUGGUAACCCCAAAUAUGCUACCCAUCCUUCAGUGGGGGAAAAGCCCAGGUGUUUGCAUUGCACACCCGAACAGCUCCCCUUGUCUCUUCUCGUGAUCACACUCCACAUCCAGCAUUACAUCCCCCUGCUGCUAUUUUAAUUUCUUAAAUUAGCAAGUGAUGAAAUAUGACACAGAAAGGAAGAUGGGGACUUUC